GUGUUUGAAGACGAACGGUGCAGUUACGGUCAAGAGCGUCGCCGGACAUGUGACACAAUACGCACUAGAAUUUCGCGCUUUUUUAUUCGAAUGUUAUCAUGUUUUACCCAUUACGCCGAUCGAAGUGUAAUGGAGGAGUGGAGCGGAGGCAGCGGAUCCGUCAAGAAAACAUGAACUUUUGACACUCAGCGUUUAUCAGGAGCAGCACACAUAACACUUUCGGCUUAUUCUUAUUCCAGUGGAUGUACGAGCAACAUUCGUGACGUACAAACUCUGCCAAACUAUCACUCUUUUUAUGAACAGUCGACUACUAGCAACUGCACAGAGGAGACCGCUCAAAUAACGUGAAAAUCGAAUCAAUCAUUCAGUAAAAAAAGAUCAACUAUCAUGUUGAUGAAGAAGAAGAAGAAGAAGAAGAAGAAGAAUUCAUGAAUCAGUAGAUUACAGAUAGAGGAUAAAAUAUGUAACGCAUACUGCACUGAUCAUCCCCCAGUUUUGCUUCAGAACUUAACCAGAGAUGAUAGAGCCUUCAAUCACUGAGUAUGGAGUUAUACUUAAGAGCAAGUCGGAGAAGCAGAAGCCGCCUAUUUGCUCAUCUCUCAAUCAAUUGAUUGAAGAACUGCACGCUGCUUUCUCAGAGGACAGUGUCAACGUUGAAUAUAUCCAUGAGUUAAUGUCAUCUUACAAAAGCAACCCCCUCGAAUGGAGAAAAUUCGCCAAAUUUGAUCGUUAUAGGUAUACAAGGAAUCUAGUUGAUGAAGGCAAUGGUAAAUUCAAUCUGAUGAUAUUAUGUUGGGGUGAAGGCCAUGCGUCAGCAAUUCACGACCAUGCUAAUGCUCAUUGCUUUAUGAAAAUGCUACAUGGUCAGCUUGAAGAAAUAAGGUUUGCAUGGCCGGACGAAGAUGAUAAAACAGAUAUCCCAGAAAACGAAAAAGGCCUCAAUGAGCUAUCAAGGACAAAUUUGAAAACAAAUCAAGUCUGCUACAUAAAUGAUUCAAUGGGAUUGCACCGCGUUGAAAACCCAAGCCACAGUGACACUGCAGUCAGCCUUCACCUCUAUUGUCCACCUUUCGAUGCUUGCCAGGUUUUCAAUCAACGCACUGGACAAAAAUCAAAAUGCAAAGUCACCUUUUGGUCGAAAUUUGGAACAAGGAAAAAUGCCGAUGAUGAAUCUUGCCGUCAACCAGAGGACGUAUAGUUCUCCAGUUUGCGAUGACUAAACUCAAAUUAUCGAUGUAUCAGUGAAUAAUGUCUAUUUUAAAAAUCAUUAGGUUGUGUAUGAUGAUAUUACAAUGGUUUACUAUAGCUUUAAAACAACAUCAAAUACGUAAAGUUUUAUGAAAUUGAAUGCUUUGCAUUAGUUUUAUCAAAUUGGAUGUUAUGCAUGUGACAAUUUUUUUUAAAGAAACGAAUAAAUAAUGUGAUAUAAAG